AUGGCUCGAGCGACCUGGAUCCGCCUUGCAAUUUUAUGCUCUUCUGUGACCGGCGCCUUGGCUGUCGGCACUGCGCUCGGCUUUGGUUCUGCAACCGUAGGAGGCGGAUCUGCCUCGCCGGCGACCCCGACAUCCAACGCUCAGCUGAUAUCGUGGCUGUCUGACAGCACACAGCGAGUCAUCGUACUCGACAAGGUGUUUGACUUCACGGAUUACUACGGCACGGCAAGCGGCAAGAUCUGCAAACCCUGGACUUGCUCCCCCAACCCGCAGGUAGCCAUCGACGAGAAUGACUGGUGCGAGAACUACGAGCCGAGUGCUGCGACGGGCACGGCCACGUGGUACGUCAGCGGCUCAUCGCAGACAUACUCCCUCGCUGUCGGGAGCAAGAAGACCCUUCUAGGCAAGGGGUCCGCUGGAGGAAUCAAGGGAAUAGGUCUGUUGAUCAAGAACGCGGACAACGUCAUCAUACAGAACCUCCGCAUUUCCGACAUCAAUGCACAAUUUGUUUGGGGAGGAGACGCUAUCUCGAUUAUUGGAUCCACCCACGUCUGGAUUGACCACAAUUACAUACAAAACGUCGGUCGGCAGAUGGUUGUCACCGGAUACGACCCGGCAAAAGACGUCACGAUCAGUAACAACGUCUUCGACGGGCGUGCGACGUAUUCCGCUUUGUGCGACGGAUACCACUACUGGCUCGCGUUGUUUACCGGAACGUCGGACACGAUCACAUUCAACCAGAACCAUAUCUACUACACGAGCGGACGUGGUCCCCACAUAGGUGGUACCAGCGGGUACACGCAAUAUGUCCAUGUCGUCAACAACUAUUACGACACGCUCGAUGGACAUGCUCUUGAUUCCGAAGUUGGUGCCAUAGCAUUAGUGGAAGGCAAUUACUUCAAGGGAGUGACCACCCCAUCGCUCACCGGUGGAACGGGCAGCGAGUAUUUCAUGCAAACUUCAAGCGACGCGAGCACAUGCCAGAGCUCGCUUGGGCGUACUUGCCAAGUCAAUACGCUCCUCAACUCUGGAUCGGUUUCACGUCUCAACAACGCCGUGCUCAGCGCGCUUGCAUCCCAAACAGCUGUGACGAGUUAUGCGCCGCUGACUGCUGCUGCCGCUGCCGCAUACGUUCAGGCUUCCGCGGGUGUUGGCAUCGUCAAUUGA